AUGAUACCGCCAUCUCUCCUCCACGCGGACCGGAACCAAUGGCACAAUGACGAUGAGAAAUAUGAUGGUAGACGGAUGCUCCAGCGCUUCAACAUCCAGCAUCUCAUGCGCGAGGGCUUCGUCAAUAUGCGCUGCCACCCGUACCCGGGCUGCACAGGGGGUCUGGAUCUAACCACGGUUCCGCCCGUAAUCAACACCAGCGAAUCUGCAACUAUAUUCGGCAUCUUGCAAAACCUUGCAAUUCUGUUUCCCGGCUCGAUGCGACCGCCAGACCACGUUGCGGUGGGCUGUUGCGCCCAGUUCGGCGUCACGGCCGGCACCAUUCGGCAAACACCACGGAAGCGAUAUGAAGAGUUGCGACAGUGGCUGCUUGAUACGUCCAUCCCGGAUCAGACGAGUGGGCGGGUCAUGGACCGGCAAUACACUGUCCCGAUCCAAGGCAAUGUUAUUGCCAGGUCUAUGGGCGGUGUGAUCUCAACUGCAUUGAUGGGGAUUGCGGAGUGUAUGUAUACCCGUUUGGCGCGGGUCGUUCAUGGGUUAAUAGGAUAA